AUGGCCAGUCCCGGUUCACUUCUCAAGUCUGCAGUACAAAGAGGCACGGAAUUCGAGAGACGGUCUUUAUUAGUACUGCAGAAGCACCUAUCCAUGUCUUUGAACCGCAUCGGUGGGAAGUCUGAUGGUGGGAUUGAUCUUCAAGGGUGGUGGUGGCUACCUUCAUUCGCACUUACACGAAAAGAAUUUGACGAUGGCUUACGGAGGCGUGUUAGAGUUCUUGCACAGUGUAAGGCCAUUCAGAAGAAAAUGGGCCCCAACUUCGUACGAGAAAUGGAAGGGGUCCUCUUUCAGUAUUCGAACGAAACGGCGGCGUCUGCCAGUCAACUAAUAGACACCAUGAUACCAACUGUCGCGGUGCUCAUCUCUCAGUCACCAUUCACCACAUCUACCAUUCUUCGUGCCAUGUCCUCUUCUCACAGCCCUAUUGGCUCUGCAAUUUGGAAUAGAGCGCUGUGUGGAGAUGAUGGCUUGCUUAGGGGCCAAAUUGAGGCCCGAUGGGAGAGAAACCCAAAUGGCAGCGGAAGACCUGGUCUGUGGUGGAAGGGUGAACCGCUUCGAAGUUGGGUGCCAGAGUAGCUG